AAUAGAAAAGAUUAAAAAAAAAAAAGAAAGAAAAAGAAAAAAAGGCAAAACCCUAACCUCCAUCGUCGUCCUCUCACUCUCACGUGCUUCACGGCAUCUUCUUCUUCUUCUUCUUCUUCUUCUUCUUCUUCACUCCAGCUCCUCCUCUCCUCCCUUUCAGCAGUUUAGUGUCGCCGCCGCCUCUCUCUCGUUCAGUGCUGCCGCCGCCGCCGUUUUCCUCUGCUCGUGCCUCCCCAGUCUCUCCCCUAACGGGUUUGCACUGAUUGUCUACUCUCUUGUUUUACUGGUAGUGAGCAAGUCCUCCUCUAAGCUUCAAAGCAUUGAAAUUGCAUCUGAGGAAAGUGAGAGCAGCCAUUUGGUGGCACAACUUCAAUUAUUCUUUUUCCUUCAAUCAACGAGAUGGGGAGGGCCAAGAAAGGACCCAAAUUUGCAGUCAUGAAGAAGAUGGUCACCUCCAAAGCAAUUAAGAACUAUAAAGAACAGGUCUUGAACCCAAAAAGAAAAGAUCUUACGAAAGAAAAUCUCCCAAGAAAUGUUCCAAAUGUUCCUUCGGCACUUUUCUUCAAGUACAACACUGCAUUGGGGCCACCUUAUCGGGUUUUGGUGGAUACAAACUUCAUCAAUUUCUCCAUUCAAAACAAAUUGGACUUAGAAAAGGGAAUGAUGGACUGUCUAUAUGCAAAAUGCACUCCUUGUAUAACGGACUGCGUGAUGGCUGAGCUUGAGCGGUUAGGUCAGAAGUAUCGUGUUGCUCUUAGAAUAGCUAAGGACCCACGAUUUGAGAGACUACCCUGUACUCAUAAAGGAACCUAUGCUGAUGAUUGCCUUGUCGAAAGAGUGACUCAGCAUAAGUGUUAUAUAGUUGCUACUUGUGAUAGAGAUUUGAAGCGUAGGAUUCGCAAGAUUCCUGGUGUACCAAUUAUGUAUAUAACUCGGCAUCAGUAUUCGAUUGAGCGGUUGCCUGAAGCAACAAUUGGAGGAGCUCCAAGGAUGUGAUUGUGGCACUAUGCAAUGAUGAACUAAAGAAAGAAAUUCUGGAAGAGGUUUUUCCCAUCUACCUCCAACUAACUUUCCCUACAUGAUUAAAUUUAAAGAAAAUAUAAGAAGGCCUUGGUAUCAUGUAAUUAACUUUUGGCUUUAGGAUCUGUUUUGUUGUCUCUCAUGCCUACUUCAAUUAUUUCCUUUUCUUUUUAUAUCAAGUUUAUUUACUCCCAUCCCCCAAAGAAAAAAAUAGUGGUUGUCCUUGCUGUUCAAGGUUAUUGAUGCAUAAUGUGGCGUUUACUCUGUUCAAAUCUUCACCUCUAUAUUUGUUGUACGUACUAUAGGCAUGGUAUUAAAUUUUGAUUGACAUGUCAUGUCGGCAUUUUGUCAA